AUGCAACCAUACGAAAAGGCCCAACCUAUUGGCCCCGAGGCCCAACCUGUUGGCCCCGAGGCCCAACCUAUUGGCUCCGAGGCCCAACCUAUUGGCCCCGAGGCCCAACCUGUUGGCCCCGAGGCCCAACCUGUUGGCCCCGAGGCCCAACCUGUUGGCCCCGAGGCCCAACCUGUUGGCCCCGAGGCCCAACCUGUUGGCCCAGAGGCCCAACCUGUUGGCCCCGAGGCCCAACCUGUUGGCUCCGAGGCCCAACCUGUUGGCUCCGAGGCCCAACCUGUUGGCUCCGAGGCCCAACCUGUUGGCCCCGAGGCCCAACCUGUUGGCCCCGAGGCCCAACCUGUUGGCCCCGAGGCCCAACCUGUUGGCCCCGAGGCCCAACCUAUUGGCUCCGAGGCCCAACCUAUUGGCCCCGAGGCCCAACCUGUUGGCCCCGAGGCCCAACCUGUUGGCCCCGAGGCCCAACCUGUUGGCCCCGAGGCCCAACCUGUUGGCCCCGAGGCCCAACCUGUUGGCCCCGAGGCCCAACCUGUUGGCCCCGAGGCCCAACCUGUUGGCUCCGAGGCCCAACCUGUUGGCUCCGAGGCCCAACCUGUUGGCCCCGAGGCCCAACCUGUUGGCCCCGAGGCCCAACCUGUUGGCCCCGAGGCCCAACCUGUUGGCCCCGAGGCCCAACCUAUUGGCUCCGAGGCCCAACCUAUUACAGGAACCAUUUGGGCGUCGCGGUGUCACUAG